CCGGCCGGCGCCCUCCCGUUUCCUUCCUCCAGGGGGAAAAAUGUCCUUCGGCCCGCUUUCCGGGAAGCAGCAGAAUGUGCCGUUCCACUGUCAGUAGCAACAAGGUCAGCUCUCCCGGCCGGUUUUUCAUCUCAGCUCUUGUCCGCAGGUGGGAGCGAGCCAGCUGCGCAAACCAUGCAGGAUGAUUUACUGAUGGACAAAAGCAAAACCCAGCCCCAGCCCCAGCAGCAGCGGCAGCAGCAGCAGCCCCAGCCCGAGCCCAGCGCAGCCGAAGCCCCGUCCACGCCCCUCUCCUCAGAGACCCCCAAGCCGGAGGACAACAACACAGUGCCGGCCCUCAGCCCUGCCGCGCCCCCGCCGGCUCCUAACGGCCCCGACAAGAUGCAGAUGGAAUCGCCGCUCCUGCCGGGCUUGAGUUUCCAUCAACCCCCUCAGCAGCCGCCGCCGCCCCAGGAGCCCACGGCACCGGGAGCGUCGCUGUCGCCGUCCUUCGGCAGCACCUGGUCCACAGGCACCACGAACGCGGUAGAGGACAGCUUCUUCCAGGGGAUCACCCCAGUCAACGGGACCAUGCUCUUCCAGAACUUCCCGCACCACGUCAACCCAGUCUUCGGAGGCACCUUCUCUCCGCAGAUCAGCCUGGCGCAGACCCAGCACCACCAGCAGCCGCCGCCGCCAGCGCCGCAACCCGCUCAGCCCGCACAGCCCCCGCAGGCACAACCCCCGCAGCAGCGCCGGUCACCCGCCAGCCCCAGCCAGGCGCCCUACGCGCAAAGGAGCGCCGCGGCGGCGUACGGCCACCAGCCCAUCAUGACCAGCAAGCCGUCCUCGUCUUCGGCCGCCGCCGCCGCAGCAGCAGCGGCCGCCGCCUCGUCGGCCUCUUCCAGCUGGAACACCCACCAGAGUGUGAACGCCGCCUGGAGCGCACCGUCCAACCCGUGGGGUGGCCUGCAGGCGGGCCGGGACCCUCGCCGAGCGGUCGGCGUGGGUGUGGGCGUGGGCGUAGGGGUGCCUUCUCCGCUCAACCCCAUCUCGCCGCUGAAAAAGCCCUUCUCCAGCAAUGUGAUCGCGCCACCCAAGUUCCCCCGAGCCGCUCCGCUCACCUCCAAGUCCUGGAUGGAGGAUAACGCUUUCCGGACCGAUAAUGGUAACAAUCUGUUGCCAUUUCAGGACCGGAGUAGGCCCUAUGACACUUUUAACUUGCACUCGUUGGAGAACUCCUUAAUGGAUAUGAUAAGGACUGAUCAUGAGCCUCUGAAAGGUAAACACUACCCUCCCAGUGGCCCACCAAUGAGUUUCGCUGAUAUAAUGUGGAGGAAUCAUUUUGCAGGACGCAUGGGAAUAAAUUUCCAUCAUCCAGGAACAGAUAAUAUUAUGGCACUUAACACCAGGAGCUAUGGGCGGAGACGAGGUCGGUCUUCUCUCUUUCCCUUUGAAGAUGCUUUCCUGGACGACAGUCAUGGUGAUCAAUCCUUAUCAUCUGGCUUAAGUUCUCCCACUCGCUGUCAAAAUGGAGAACGAGUAGAACGCUACUCUAGAAAGGUGUUUGUUGGAGGCCUUCCUCCUGAUAUCGAUGAAGAUGAGAUCACUGCCAGCUUUCGCAGGUUUGGGCCUCUGGUUGUGGACUGGCCUCACAAAGCUGAAAGCAAGUCCUAUUUUCCUCCUAAAGGCUAUGCCUUUCUGCUGUUCCAGGAGGAGAGCUCAGUACAAGCUUUGAUAGAUGCUUGCCUAGAAGAAGAUGGGAAACUCUACCUGUGUGUGUCAAGCCCCACCAUCAAGGAUAAACCAGUGCAAAUUCGACCAUGGAACCUAAGUGACAGUGACUUUGUAAUGGAUGGUUCUCAGCCUUUGGACCCCAGAAAAACUAUCUUUGUUGGGGGAGUUCCACGACCCCUUCGAGCUGUGGAGUUGGCAAUGAUCAUGGACCGUUUGUAUGGUGGUGUCUGCUACGCUGGCAUUGAUACGGACCCAGAACUGAAGUACCCCAAAGGUGCUGGCCGCGUGGCGUUCUCCAAUCAGCAGAGUUACAUUGCAGCCAUCAGCGCUCGCUUUGUGCAGCUCCAGCACAAUGACAUUGACAAACGGGUGGAAGUGAAGCCAUAUGUGCUGGAUGAUCAGCUGUGUGAUGAGUGCCAGGGCACACGCUGUGGUGGGAAGUUUGCCCCGUUCUUCUGUGCCAACGUCACCUGUCUGCAGUAUUACUGCGAAUACUGCUGGGCGAGCAUACACUCCCGUGCCGGGCGGGAGUUCCACAAACCGCUGGUGAAGGAGGGAGGUGACCGCCCUCGUCAUGUCCCUUUCCGCUGGAGCUGAGCCCAGGGCAGACCCAGCCACAAGUACUGGAGUAGAUAACAAGGAGGGAAAAGAGAGGGCACUGCCUCAGGGCUUACAGUGUUCUGGAAAUUUGUGCAUUUGUUCUCAAUUUUUAAAGAAGAAAUGGGUCUUUUUAUUAUUAUUAUUAUUAUUUACAGUCAUAUUACUGAACUCAGUGUCCAGUAUAAUGCAGAAUUGCAGAGUGUAUCACGGUACUGAUUUGCACUUUGAUUCACACCUUUGUCUGCUUGGUACCUUAAUUUCUUACACCUGAUUUGUCACUCGUGACUAUGCGUUGACUGCCAUUCUCAUCAGCGGCCAUCAGGUGGAUGUCUGUGAUUUUUUUUGUUUGUUGUGCUGUUGUUCUGAUUGUUUUUGAACUGGAGCAUGCACUUAUUUUCAGAAACUUAGAAAGUUGCCCCUAGGAGAAGACUUACCAAAGGUGUAAUACUCGAGAGUAGGUGGCAGAUGUAGCAAACACUUCACAACAAUUCAGCAAUCACUCAUUAGUUGGGGUCAUUUAGAGUAAGGAUAACCCUUAAUGAAAAUAAGCCUUUAGUUGCUCUCUAUUUUGACAUGUUAAGGAUACCUCAUAAGCUGAAUCUUUAUUUUUCCUUCAUGGUUGAUUUUUGUUUUGCUGAGGAUUUUGGUUAGAUCUUUUAGUGUUAUGUAAAUUUAUGCUGCAAUAGCUUUUGCUGCUAUUACAAUGGUAUUAUUAAUACCAUAAUACUCUAUUCAGGCUAAGGUAUCAAUUAAAAAAAAAACCCAACAACACACUUUUAUGAUUUAGGGAUAGAAUCAGCUGCCGAACAGAGAUCAGAGUAGACUUCAGAAAGCUUCAAUGGAAGGUCACUAUUUCUGACUGCAUGUUUACUUAAUCAGGUUGCUGCAUGCAAUAAAUUUUAUAUCCAAUGUCUAGUAUAAAACCUUCCCACAAUGCACAAAUUAAGAAUCUAUAUAAGCUAUAAAAUACUGAUUUUUUAAAGAUUUUUUUCAUUCAAAGAAUUGGUAAUUGACUGGAGGAAGGCAUGCCUCAAUAAAUGGAAUGCUUCUGAAAUUAGGAAGAGCCCAUAACAGAACGACCUAUAUUACAACCAAUAUAAAACCUAGGUGUAGGAUAUUCUUAAAGCAAAUUUGUGGAUGGUAGAUGAAGUACUUUGCGGUGCUCUGUUAUAUAUUGUGCAAUUUAUUUUAUAUAGUAAAGUGAUUAUGUCUAACUGUGAUCAAACUUAACUGUUUAAAGCCUUUGUGUCAGACAUUAACGAACUUGACAGUUCAUAACUGGUAUAUUAUUAACUAACACAUGAGCUCUUAGUUACAAUCUCCUAGUGCUUGCACCAUUUUACAUAGCUUCAGACCUUGUCCAGAAAACCAAAGAGCUCAUCUUAGCUUACAAACACUAGGAAUAUAUACAGUAUAUAGAGAUAAGUUGUCAGAUUGACAAACUAGGCACAUUUUAAGAAAGUUGUGUGAUGGUGAUGCUAAAGAAAUGUCUCUACAAAAUGGGAGGGCCUGGGCAGGGUUGGUCGUCUGGGUGAGAAAUUAACUACUUAAUUCCCUGGAUUUUUCCUGUAAAGCUUGAAUAGAAUUAAGACCUGCUAGAACUACCAUGGACAUUUUUUUAGCAUUCACUCGUGGGCUGCAGAUAGUAAUAUAUAAACACACACAAUGAUUGUGAGACUAUGUAAUUCUUUUUUUUUUUAAAUCUUCUUCCUAUGUUUUGGAAUUCUGGGGACAAUCUGACUGGAUAUGACACUGCAGAAUAGAUUUAAGUCGCUGUGUUUUAUGUGCUGUGAUGUCCUUGUACUGUCUUAAGUUAAUAUUGCUUGUUUUGGUUUGGUUUGGUUUCUCAAGUGUUUAGUUGCAAUUACCAACUCUCAAACUAUAGUUUGUUUUCAAAAAAAAAACAAAAUAGUUUUUUACUGGAUUAAAAAUGCUUGUUAGAACGCUCCCCUUUUGCAGUCAUGUCUGGGCUUUCUGCUUUUUUCCCAGCCCAGCUGUGGUUUUCUGUUUGUUUUGUUUUUGUUUUUUUUUUCUAUGUUUGUGGUUUUUUCAUCUGUACAAGAAAUUUUGUUAUGCACUACUACUUUUUGUAUUCUAGAAAGUUUUCAAAAGUUGGCCGAAGAUUUGUUUGUUUGUUUUUAAGGAAAAAGGCAUGCUUUCUGACUGACAUGAUCUUUUGCAAUACCUCAAUUUUGAAAUAUAGGAAAGAAAAUGAUAUUUUCUAAGUAAGUUUAUUCAGAAAAAUAUAUAUUAAUUUAAUUCUGCAAGAA